GGGAGGGAGGGAGGGAGAGAGAGAAGAAAAAAGAGAUCAUAUUUCUUUGGAUCGAGAAGUCGACAGGGAAUAUUCAGUACGAGAGGGGUGGGAGAGGGGAGAGAGAGAGAGAGAGAGAGAGAGAGAGAGAAACGAAGAGAAAUAAGAAAUAAGAGAGUAAAGCUAUCGCGAGACGCGAUAACGAGCUGUGAUAAGACUGUAUAACUUUUUCUCUCUCUCUCUCUUUCCCUCUCUCUCUCUCUCUCUCUCUCUCUCUCUCCCUUUCUCCCUCCAUUCAUCCGCGUUGUUAACUUCUGGACACUCUCACAUAGUUACGAUAAAGUGUUCAAGAACGUCAUCGUCAUGACGUUCGUCCUACCUAGAAGACGACAUAAUUUCGAUAGAUGUGACGGUGGUUGUGGAGGUAGUAGUGACGGUGAUGGUAGUAGUGGUAGUGAUAAUGGUAAUGAUAGUGGUAAUAGUGAUCGUGAUUAUGUUGCCUAUUCGUCACUGAAUCCACCGAGUUGAAGAAGAGCUAAUCUAAUCUAAUCUAAUCGUAAUAAUACGUGAGAGAGGAGAAGUUUUUAGUCCUCGUGUCGAUAUGCUCUGAUAGAUGAACGCGAGCGUCGAAGUCUCUCGAGGCUGAGGUGCUCGAAAAUUUGUCUCUCUUAUUUCUCUUUCUCUCUUUUUAUUUCUCUCUCUUUCUCUCUCCCUCCCUCCCUCCCUCUCUCUCUCUCUCUUUCUCUCUCUCUCUCUCUCUCUCUCUGUCUCUGUGCUUAACUUUCUGAACAUGAUCAAUAUGCAGCAGUUGAUCCUAGGACAAGUAUCUAGUAGUAGCGAGCAACCUCAAGAAGAGGUUCAAUUGACCGAACUAUUGCCCGUCAAACAGUCACGUAUUAGGGAGAAUAAUGUUUUCAAGGACAUCGAUGCUACCGAUGCAUUGAAAGCACUCCGAAGUUUUUCCGGUGGAUGUAACGAGGAGGAACAGGACUUUGGAUUGAGAAUUUUUGACGAGACUGAAAAUGGCCGUGAGAAAGAUGAGAUUAAAACUAAACGUGGAUGUGGAAAUAAGAGGAAAUCGAAUCAUACGAACGUUGAUAACUUGGAAAAGAAGAAAAAUAAUUCGAACGAACGUGACAUCGAUCAUCGUGAGGUGACCGAUUGUAAAAGAUCGAUAAUGUCCAAGAAAAGAAACGUAGUAAGGAAAGAUUCUAAGAAGAUAAUGUCAGGUUGUAACAAAAGAGCUGUUAAAAAGAUAGGGAUCAUUGAUUCAACUGAUCGAACGAAAGACAAUACGGAAGAGGACGAUGAUAAUCAAUCAGUUUUAUACGACGACGAAAUUCCAACAUAUUUGGAUUUGGACAAAACGAAAGAUAGUUUGAACGACGAAAUUUACGUGUUCCGUCGUGAAAGAUCUAACUCGUGCUCUCUCUCUCAAACGUCCAGCGAAGUGAAUCAUGAAAAUACAGAAGAGAUUUAUGAAAAUGAUUAUCAAACGACCGACGGUGUUCUAAUAAAGAAAUUCACUCAUCGUUCAAAGAAUUCAGAGAUUAGUACGGACGAGUUAAACUCAUCGAUAUCCGAGGAAGAAAGAACGACUCCAACGACCGACGAUAAUCCAGAGAAAGAAUUAAGAUUGAAGAUUGACGCGAUAAUCCAGGCGAAUUUUUUGGUCGAAAGAGAUAACAACAAUGUCGUUAGUCAAGAUAGAAAGAAAUUAGAUAUGAAAGAGAGUUCUUCGAAGUCAUCGUCGUCGCCACCACCAUCUCAAUUAUCUACGAUAGUAACUAACGAGGUUCAGGACGGAUCAACCUUCAGCGACGAAGAGACAAAAAGAUCAGAGGACGAUGGUAGCAACGAGGAUCAAACCCAAAAGGAUUCUCAAAAGAAAUAUUGUUGUGUUGUUUGUGAUGCCCGUUUCAAAGGUAGCGGUGGCCUAAGGAAUCAUUAUAAAGUUGUUCACGGUGCUGGGCCAAUUUUCAAAUGUGACGAGUGCGGCAAGGAGUUCCCAUUGAAGGAACGUUUGAAGCUCCACGUUCGAACCCAUACCGGCUUCAAGCCAUACAAGUGUCCGGAAUGUGACAAGAGCUUUGCCAGGGGUGGCCAAUUGGUUCAACAUCGACGUACACAUAGCCAGGUAAAACCUUAUCGUUGCGCCCUCUGUUCAGGUACGUUUACAUGUGCAGCGAAUCUUGCUUUGCACGUUAAAAGGCACAACGGUCAGAAGGAUCACAAAUGUGAAAUAUGUGGUAGGGGUUUCGUUAGGCGUGAUGCAUUGAAAAAACACUUGGAAUGCCUUCAUCGCGACGUCAAGUCAUUUCUAUGCGUGAUUUGUAACAAAACGUUCAAGGGACACCUGCCCCAACAUAUGAGAACUCAUGCUAGGGACAGACCACAUGGUUGUGCCACCUGCGGCCAAAGAUUUGCUCAGAAAUCACAAUUGACCGUACAUCAACGUACUCAUUCGGGACAGAGACCGUUCAGAUGUUUGGUCUGUUGGCAAGCGUUUGCGCAUUCUACUGCGUUGAAGUUGCACACUAGAAGACAUACCGGGGAAAGGCCGUUCAAAUGUGUCGAAUGUAACGCCGGUUUCACCCAAUUGCCACAUUGGAAAAAACAUAUGAAAUGUAUUCACGGUAGGAGCGAACCGUAUGGUUGCAAACGUUGUAAGAGUUUUUUCAGGAUCAAAAGUGACCUCGAGAGUCACGAGAAAUCUUGCCAUCCAGAUGUAGAACCCGAUGUCGAGGGCUCGUCCAAUUCAUUCGGUGCCUCGAACGAUUCCACCGAUAAGAUCACCAAUACUACAAAAUACAGAACUAUGACAGUCGAGAGAAUGCGUUUGUUGUUGGCUGUAUUAUUAAAGAGGAUCAGCAAACAGGAAAGAUUAGACGAGUUGGGUUUCGGUAAACGUCUUAUCGACAAAGUUCUUCAUGAUUCUUUGAUAUCCGCUGGGAAGGAUCCGGCAACGGGUAAAGGUCUUACAGAGUUGGAAACUCUCACCAAGAAUCUUGAGACUUUUCUCGAGUGGACUGUACCGAAGGAACAUUGGGAGAAUUUUCGUCGAAUGAAAAAAACUCCGGAAGACAUUUUGGAAACUCUCACGGCUACGUAGAGGUGAUCAUCGGGAUUGAUAAUUUUUGCUUUCUUUUUUCUUUUUCUUUCGUUCUUUUUUUUUUCUUUUCUCUUGUUUUCCGUCUCCUCGUCAAUUCCAAUCCUUCCCACUCCCACCCUCCAAUCCAAAACCCUUCUGGCAUCUCUCGAACGGUGCGACCUACGAUAGUAACAAACGAUUAGCAAAGAUAUUUAUUUCUCAAGCCGUUUGAACAAAAUCAAUCUUAAAACCCACCGUGUAUGAUACCGUGAUUAUUUUUAUUUAUUUACUAUAUUUUUUUCCUUUUUCUCUUAAAAAAAAAAAAAAAAAAAAAAAAAAAAAGAAAAAAAAAAGAAAAAAGGUACUUUCUAUAUCUUCAUAUCAAAUUGUUAUUCUUGUCUCUUGUACAAGCAUACAACUACACACAAAUCUUUUCUUCAGCUGUUGACAAUCGAAUGCCAAUCGCUGAUCAAACUUUUUCAUUUUUUAUUCUGAUUGCACCCCCGUCAUCAUUAUCAUCUCCCUCAUUAGCAACAGCAGCGGCCGCAACAUUAUUAUCAUCAUCAUCAUCAUCAUCGACAUCAACAGCCCAUAUUUUUAUACGUAGAAAUGAACGAGAUAAUUAUCAAUCAAAGAAGUACAUAUAUACGACUGAUUUCAUGUACUUCGGAUUUAGAUCCGUCUCGUUCGCGAUUAGCACAAUAUGGUGAUAGUUUCGUGAAAUAUCAAAUCAUACCAAAGCAAAGACAAAAGUAAACAAAUGAAAAAUAAAACAAUAAAAGAUAAAAUAAAAUCAAGAAUGCGAAAAGAUAGGGGAAGAGGGUAUCAUAAAAGAAAGGAAAGAUGAGGGUAGACUGCAAAAUAUAGGGCUGACUUGGGUCAAAAAAAAGUCCCUUAAAUGGGCAUAAACCAUUUAGAUGAUUUUAAACAUCGAUUAGUUUCUUUCCAAAUUUUCUUUUUUUUUCUAAAACAAACAAAAAUUCUUAUCUACAAGCCUAAAGAGUCUUGAAAAAGGAAUAAUCGAUGUUUAAAAUUAUCUAAUCAUUUAGGGCCCUAUUCCUCUUCCCCCGUAAAACUCUUUUGACCCAUCCAGUACACGUACAUACAUAUUUAUACUUAUACACAUAUACACACAUAUACAUGUACGAUGCGUAUUAUUGCUAGAACCCAACGAAUCAAUCAAAUUUAGAUACAUUUAUUGUUAAGAGAAAUUAAAAUAAUAGGGAUCGGGGAGUUGGAGGAGGAGGAGAUGGGAUGGGGGAGAUAAGAGAAGAUAAGUAUGAUCGAUACUUAUGGAAAAAAAAAAAAAAAAAAAAAAUAAGUCGACACUUUGAUGUGUGAUACUAUUAGAAGUGAGUGAAAAAAGAAAUGAAAAAAAAGGAAAAAAAAAGAAAAAAAAGAAAAAAAAAAAGAAAAAAAAAAGAACUACUAUAUCCUUCUUCAUAGUGCCAUUUUGUGAUUACACUUGCCAUAAUUAUACCAAUGAUCGUAUUGAUUGCACUAGUUAUUUCGUAGAUAACUAAUAAGUAGCUAAUGAUUUGCACGAAAGAGAUAUAUAUAUAUAAAUGCGCGCGUGCAUUUAUACACAUA